CAAAUGCCCCCAUGAUCAGGCAAAUUAAUAGAUUCGAUAAUUGAGAGUGAUGGAGGAGGGAGGAAGAAAAAAGGGAUUUGGCAUUUCAUCCAUAUAUUCUCAUAUAUUACCAUCUUAUGCGUCGAUAUUAUGCCUGGGCAUUCUUGCGGUUGGUGCGCGUGCCCAGUGUGGGAAAAAACCUGUGGUCUUCAACUUUGGGGACUCGAACUCGGACACUGGAGGGUACUCAGCCGGGCAUGGGGUGACCUUCGGGCCGCCUUUUGGUCGGGCGUUCUUUCACGAGCAGAAUGGUAGAUUCUCCGACGGGCGGUUGAUGAUUGAUUUCUUCUGUGAAAGCUUGAACGCAAGCUACUUGAGCCCUUACUUGGAGUCACUCGGGUCAAAUUUCGCCAACGGCGCCAACUUCGCCAUCGGAGGCGCGGCCACUCUUCCGAGAUUCAAACCCUUCAGCCUCGACCUCCAGGUCCUUCAGUUCCUCCGGUUCCGCGAACGCUCCCUUCUACUGAGCUCAGAAGGAUAUGCGAAUCAGGUCCGUGAAGAUUUCAAGAAUGCCCUGUACAUCAUCGACAUCGGACAGAAUGAUCUGUCUGCAGCAUUCACCUACCUCUCAUAUGAACAAGUCAUCCAGAACAUCACGACUUUCGUCACGGAGAUCAAAUCGGCUGUAUGGGACAUUUACAAAAGUGGUGGGAAGAAUUUCUGGAUCCACAACACUGGGCCUCUGGGCUGUCUGCCACGGGAGCUUGCGACCACUUCAGCCCAAAAUCCCACCACUGACUAUGAUUCGUACGGUUGCCUUGUGCCUCUCAACAAUGCUGCUAAGGAGUUCAAUGGGCAACUAAGAGCUCUUUGCGAAGAGCUCCAGUCGGAAAUGACCGACGCCACCAUAGUAUAUAUUGAUGUAUAUUCCGCCAAAUAUGACCUCAUUGCCAACGCUGCCAACUACGGUUUCGAGAAGCCAUUGAUGGUGUGUUGCGGGUAUGGUGGCCCACCGUACAACUUCAACCCGGACUUUCUGUGCGGAAAUAGCCGCUCCACUGCCUGCGACCCCGGACAACGCUACGUGAGCUGGGACGGCGUUCACUACACCGAAGCGGCAAAUUCCAUUCUGGCGGCCAACAUUCUCUCUUCUAAUUUCUCCACACCUCAGAUCAAUUUGAAUUUCUUCUGCAAUGUCUAGCAGUCCACUAAUUAACAAAAUGUCUUUUCUCUAAUCAUCAAAGCAAAUUUCGCUUUGGUUUCUACAAUAAGAACUUGCAUAUUGACGUUCAAAAGAAGCGAAACAAUCCAUCUUCACUUUUAAACGAAUUGAAUGAUUGAAACGUUAUAACUAA